AUGGCGACCUUGCAGAAAUUCAAGCUCUUAGCCACCCAAUGCGCCGUAGCCGGAAGCCCCACCCGGAGCCCAUCCGCCAGCCCAGUCAUUCACCUCCGCCGCCGCAAAACCCUAAGAAUGUUCCUCUCCCGCACCGACCGCCGCCGAUUUACUAGCCGGAGCAACUCCGACCCUCCAGUAAUCAACGGCGACGAUGAAGACGACGACGAUGAUCGGCCGCAGAAGAGCAAGGAGGUCGCGAAGGUUCGGCACAAGCUUAAGGACCUCUUCGUCUCCUCGCCGCCUUUAGAAGAUAGGGUUUCGGAUAGGAGCCGAGGAAUUGAACAAGAAGAAGAGCGAGGGUUGUUGUCGGCGACCGGAAGUGUCGGCGGUGUCGGUUCUGGUGGCUUCGCGAGCCGGCGCGGUGCAGGCAUGUCGCUUCGGCCACUAGCAGCGUCGUUUCGAUGUAGAUUACUGAAACGAGCUUGGCGGCCUGUGCUCGUCACCAUCCCCGAGUAG